AUGAAUUUGAAUUACGAAGAAAGAACAACUGAUUGUAUAGUGACAUUCGAUACUAAAUCUUUACCAGUUUCAAUUCUACGUAAUUCUAUUCAACAUUGGUUUACACCUAUUAUGGAUAAUUAUCAUAAUGAAAUGAUUACCACUUCUACAAAUACUACUAAUACUACUAAUAAUAUGAAACAAUAUUGGACAAAUCAAACACAACAGCAACAGCAACAACAACAACAAUUAACCACACAUAAUAUGAAUCAAUCAUUCAUUACACCUAUACAACAAUCUAUUAACUUGACAACACAUAAAUUAAUAUCUAAAUUACCUUUAACUGAUUUUAAUCUCGAAUCAAAUAAUGAAUCAUUUAAUUUAAAUGAGAAAUAUUUCAAUUCUGAAGUAAUUGAUUCUAAUACAAUACAAUUAUGUAAUUCUUCAAACUAUACCCUUGAUCAUCAUCAAUGUACACCAACGGGUUACAAUACAUGGUCGAGUUCAGUAUUUAAUAACAAUAAUACUAAUACUAAUACUACUGAUAGUAAUAAUAGUAGUCAUCUUAAUGAUAAUGAUUAUGAUAGUAAUAGUAGAUAUCUCAAUACAAAUCUAUUGAAAUCUCUUCAUAUGAAACAUAAUCAUAAUAUUAUAUUACCAUUCAAUACAAACUUGAUACAAUCAAAUAUCUUAAUGAAUAAUAAUAAUAAUAGAAAUUGUGAUAAUUCUAAUGAAUUCUUAUAUGAUUUAGAUAAUGAAUCAUCAAAUGGUUCAAGUAUUUCAUUCAAUAGUAAUGAUACUACUACUAAUACUACUACUAAUAUACAUAAUAGAAUAAAAUCAUUAUCUACAAUAAGAUCAAAUAAUAAAUUAUUAUAUCGAUCAAAUCGUAUUAAAAUUAUGAAUAUAAGAAAAACUGGACAUUUUAAGAAUCAUAAUUUACAUUCAUUUCAAAGACAAGCAGCGAAUAUGCGUGAACGUAGACGAAUGCAAUCAAUUAAUAAAGCAUUUGAAGGUUUAAGAUCCCAUAUACCAACAUUACCCUAUGAGAAACGUUUAUCUAAAGUAGAUACACUUAGAUUAGCAAUUGGUUAUAUACAUUUCUUACAAGAAAUUAUUCAAUCUCAUUCAAAAGAUGAAAUAACUUGGAAAGAUAUCAAUACAAAUUCGGAUACAAAUUCAAAUCAUAAUGAUUAUGAUGAUGAUAAUGAUAAUGAUGAAGAUGAAGAUUGUAAUGAAGAUGUUUCAAUGGAAAGUGAUGAAAAUAAUAUUUUGAUUAAGAAAAAUCUAUUCCAUUCUACAUCAUUUACAAAAAUGUCAUCUAUAUAUUCUGGUCAUUUAAAACAUGAUCGAUUACAAGCAAAUUGUUCAUUUACAAUGAAUAAACUUAGUUCAAAUUAUAAUUUAAAAGAUGAAAGUAAGAUGAAUAGAGAAAGGAAGAUUAUUUUAAAUUUACCUAAAAAAUUAUUUGAAAUGAUGAUGGGACGAAGGGAUGAUACAAGAAUUUUUGAAGAUCAUUCUCAUAUUAAUGAUAAAACGAAAACAAUUAAUGAUCCCUAUUACCAGUCCGAACAAAUUCUUCUUGGACAUAGUUUAAGUUGGCAUCGUGAUAAUCCACCAUGGAGUCGAAAUAGUUCAUCGAAUUCUACUAAUAUUUUGGUCGCUAAAUUAUGGGUUCCAGAAAAACUUGAAUGUAUAAAGGCUAUUUAAUUCAACAAUCAAUAGCAGAUCAUUUAACUUGUUUGUUUAAAUGAAAUAAUUUAUUUACAAAAACAAUUUACAGCAUAAUAAUGAACAUUUAUCUUAGAAAUAUCACACAAACUACUAAUUAAAUGUAAGUAGUAAACACAAUUGAAUUACAGUAAUUAAAUAACAGAAUACAAGAAGAAAUCCAUAAAUUAAAAUGUACACAAAAUUGGAUAGCUGAAUAACAGACAUUUUUUUACAAACCAUUCAACAAAUACAAACAAAAGUAGAGAACAAUUUUCAAUGAACAAUGUUUUUUGCCAAAUGACCUUAUUGAUUAGUGCAUUUACUCAACUUUUGAGGUAUGGUAAAUAUGAGUAGCAUCGUAUGGAUUAUGAGAUUAAUUCUGUUUUUCUAGAUUUUCACUUUAAAUCUUGUUCAGAAAACAAAUAAACCAGUUUAUUUAAA